CUUCAUCAGGUCUACAGAGCUGGAUUCUAAUUGGAACUGGUUCCAGCUGAGAUGUAUGCAAGUGGGCAGCAAUGCCAAUGCGACUGCUUUCUUCCGUCAGCAUGGCUGCACUACCACAGACGCCAAUGCGAAGUAUAAUAGUCGAGCUGCCCAGAUGUACAGGGAGAAGAUCCAGCAGCUGGCAAGUGCUGCUAUGGCCAAGUAUGGCACCGAUCUGCUAAUAGAUGGACUGAGUGGAGCCCCUGGGCAUUCCCCUGACAAGAGCGAUGCUGACUUCUUCACGGAGCACACACAGUCUUCCAGGACCUGGGAUGUAGCAGAUUCCAGUCAGAAUCUUGCACAGUCUUCCCUGGAGAUGGAAAAACUGGGGAAUGCAGGUGAGAAUCUUUCUCUGCUGAAUUUCUCUCCUGUCUUUGUGCCCACAGAUUCUAGUCAAGGCCCGUCAACUGACCUGUUGAGCACAUCUCCUAAAGCUCCUCUAGAACUUAAAUCCUCCCUCAUUGGAAAGAAGAAGCCAGGAGCUGCCAAGAAAGGGUUGGGUGCAAAAAAGGGUCUUGGAGCCCAGAAAGUGAGCAGCCAGAGCUUCAGUGAGAUUGAGCGGCAAGCCCAGGUAGCAGAGCAGCUGAGGGAGCAGCAGGCAGCGGAGUCCAGGAAACAAGCGGAGGAGUCCAUGAAGAAGGAGGAGAAGAAACUUCAGAACCUCGAAGGGAAGAAACGUGAACAAGCCGAGAGGCUAGGCAUGGGCUUGGUGUCUAGAAGUUCCGUCUCACACUCAGUGAUGUCGGAGAUGCAAGUAAUUGAGCAGGAGACACCGCUGGCUGCAAAAUCUUCCCGCUCCCAAUUGGAUUUGUUUGAAGACGCUGGAGGCUUCACAUCUGGACCCCCCAAGUAUAAAGAUAAUCCCUUCUCAUUGGGAGAUGCCUUUGGGUCACGAUGGGAAACGGACUCCUCGUGGGGUAUUGACAAAGAGGAGGAACCUGAAGUGACCAUUUCCAGUAUUCGACCAGUUUCAGAGAGACCCACCAAUAGGCGGGAGACAGAGAGCAGGGCAUCAGUUGUGGAAUCAAAUGAAGCACGGCAGAAGUUUGCAGGGGCCAAGGCCAUCUCUUCAGAUAUGUUCUUUGGACGAGAGGCAGAUGCUGAGUAUGAAGCCAGAUCUCGACUGCAGCAGCUCUCAGGUAGCAGUGCCAUCAGUUCUGCAGACCUGUUUGGGGACACUGAGAAUAUGCACUCAGGUGGUGUGUCAAUUGGGAACGUCCUGCCUGCAGCCGACAUCGCACAGUUCAAGCAAGGAGUGAAAUCAGUUGCUGGCAAGAUGGCUGUCCUAGCCAACGGGGUGAUGAACUCGCUCCAGGAUCGUUAUGGCUCAUAUUGAUGAUCCAGGGACUGCAGCUCACAGGGAAGCCAGCAAGAGGCGCUGAUGCCACCUUUGAUUGCCUGGAGUAAACUGCAGGAUUGUCCUAGUUUGUCUGGGGUGGGUGGGAAGGGGGGAAGGUAAGCAGAAAGGGUCAGGAGAUGGCUGUGCCCAGACUGCUUUCCAAAUAUCUCUGGAUUCCACUCUGUAUUAAAAUUCAGUGUGCCCUCAAACCCACUGCUAUCUGUUAGCCAGUGGAGACAGGCCUUCUUACAGGAUUAAUGUCAUUGCUAUGAACAGUAGGACAGGAAUUCCUGUGGCUGCCCUCCUUGGUGCUUCUGCCCUUCUUGGUCCAUACUUGAGCUCACCAAGUGACAGAGGGGAACAGGAAUGGCAUUUUUUUUUUCUGGACACUGUGUUACCUGGUCUCCAUGGAUAUGACUGUGGCCUUGUGUUCUGCUCAGUGCUCAUACUGCCUGUUUUCAUGCGGGCUGCUGUAGCAGUUAACAUUAUUGGUAAGAAGCUGUCUUCAACUGGAGCAAUUCCAGUGAGCAUGGCAAAAGAGGGAUUUCCUUGUAUUUGUGGGGUUGGCCUUGUACCAUGGAAUAAUCCUUUUUACUGUCUUGUAAACCAGCAAAGAGAGAUGCUGGAGAACAAACGAAACAAAGCUUUCCCCCCCCCAGCUUCUGAUCAUAUCAUGGCCAGAAAAGACCAAGACUUAGGCCUGGGCUUUAGGUAGAGAAGCACCGUAAAGUUAUGGGGCCUCUGGUUCUUUUAUUGCUCAGCCAUCUUAUACAUACACUUUUUUUCACCUCAGACUGUGAUGAAACAACCUCCAACUUGGCUCUGAGGUGGGGGAGGGUUGUUCCUGUGAGAACUGUAUCUUUAAAUCUUGUUCAUGUU